AUGACCGAUAUUUUACUAAUUAAACUUCUAGAAUUGGAAGCUCGCGAACGGGAGGCUGCUCUCCGGCAAAAGGAGGCGCAACAACACGAUGAAAAGGAAAGGGUAGCCGCUCGCAUUCGGAAAGAGUGGGAAACACAGGCCGAGGCUGCUGCCUUCGCUGCCCGCCAAGAGCGUCUUCGUCGGCAAGAAGAAGAAGAUUCCUUGAGCGCCAAGAGGCCCUACACUGGUGCGGAUUCGGUUGUCACAGUGAGUUAUCCCUUCUAG